AUGGGGGUUCAAUCGAGUACAGCGUCAGAUUUGAUCACCAUUGACGAAGAUUAUUCAGAACGCGUCGUCCUCAGGCGUGACCUUGUCGCACGUCAUGGAUCAACUGUUUGCGGAUACACGUCCAAAGGCCAGGACACCGUAAGGGAGCUCUAUGAAUAUCUCCUUAAAGAAUACUUGCCUGUUCGUUUCCCCACUCUAUUCAAGCUUUCUCAUGAUGGGACGACUUUUAUGAAUCUGGUCACUCAAAAGUUGUUUCCUACGACUCCACCUCAAGAUACGUAUGAGGCUUUGAAGAUCCUCGCUGAGACUGUGGAGGAAGACUUUUUCUUUCUGAAACCGACUCCUUCAGGUCAUGAAGUCGUUGCUUUUGUUUGCUGUUUUCCGUCGGGAUGGAAUCCAUCCUCCAAGCUUGGAAAAAACAUGAACCAGAUCCACGUCCCAGUCCCAUCAUACGAGAAAAUCGGCCAGAGUAUGGAACGUUACUUUAACAGGUUGAAAGUUGGCGACUAUGUGAAGCGUGUCAAUUGGGCUGUGCAAACUCAUCCUGACCUAUUCAAUCUCAAGGGGAAUCACGUAUCAGAAAGUGACAAAAUCGAUUCCAAUGAGGUGAUUGAUAUUAAAGAGACGUUCUUGCGGAGUGAACUUCAAACACUGACGCGCUUACCGCAAACCGGUGCGAUUUUGUUUUCAUUCAAAACAUACUUGUACCCGGUCCGAGAAAUCAAGGCUGAGGGAAGAGGUUUGCAGUUUGCCGAUGCAAUCGAGGGCCUCAGAACGGGGAACGCCCCAGGCAUGUGGACUUACAAAGGCGGAAUACGCUGGGGUAAACAAGUUUGCGAUUAUCUCCGGUCUCAGAGUUAA